AUGUUCCAGGCAAGCACCCUGGGGCAACUGGCGGCCAGGAUCGCCAGCGGGCAGAAGAGGGUGAAGGACAGCACCCACAAGGCCUUCUGGGACGAUGAGACCCGAUUCGACUUGCAUGAAAGCACCCCCGAUCCUCGACCGCAUCAAGCCCAAGUCGUUGACGGGGGCGGCGCCAGCAUAAUCCUCACCGGCGCGACAGGUCUUCUCGGCUCCGUGCUCCUUCGCCUUCUCCUCGACGACGCCAGCGUCUCAACCGUCCACUGUCUGGCCGUCUCGCCGGAUUACGACCGCGGAAAGCUUCCCCCCCAGUCCGAAAAGCUCACCAUCUACACCGGGAGCCUAGGAGAUCCGAACCUGGGCCUGACACCCGAGCAGCAACACCACCUCAGCACCACCGCCACGGCCAUCCUCCACGCCGGCGCCGAAGGCUCCUGCCUCAACACCUACGCCUCCCUCCGCGCACAGAACGUCGAGUCCACCAAGUACCUCGCGGCCCUGGCGCUGCGCUGCUGCCGCCACCACCACAUCCCCCUGCACUACGUCUCCUCGGCGCGCGUCGUCCUUCUCAGCGGCCAGACAUCCUACCCGCCCGCCUCGGUUUCGUCCUUCUACCCAGCCCCCGACGGCGACGAGGUGCAGGACGGACAGCAGCGCUCCGAAGGCUUCACGGCGACGAAAUGGGCAUCGGAGGCAUUCCUCGAGAAGUGCGCCCGAGCAACCGGCUUGAAUGUCGUGGUCCAUCGGUCGGGCUACCUCAUAUCAGAAGACGCGGCCGACCCCGUCAACACGAUCCACGCCUUUUCGCAGAAGCUGGGCGUCGUGCCCGCCUUGGACGACAAGUUCGAGGGCUAUCUGGACUUCUGUGACGUCGCCAAUGUGGCGAGGGAAAUCGCGCUGGAGGUUGUGCGGGAUGCGGAAAGGGUGGUGGCGGCGCGCGGGGGAGGGGUAAGAUUCAUACAUCACACCGACGAUUGCGCGGUGCCCAUGGGCGAGUUCCGCGAGUAUAUGCAGCGGCGAUACGGGAUGCCUUUUGCCGUCUCGCCGAUGAGGGAGUGGGUAGCGAAUGCUAAGCAAGUUGGCAUGAGUGAGUUUCUUGCUUCAUUCCUCCUGGCGGUUGAUCAGAAGGGCGAGGGAAUCCGAUACCCGCGGCUUUUAAAAGAGUAG